ACGCCCACAGUUCGCCCAGAUGGUAGCUGAGCCGCUCUGGCCCCAUCAGAUCAAGGCCCUUCUUCCCACCGCCUCUCUAUGAUGUCGAUGACACUACUUUCUCUAGUCUCUUCGGCAACCCCUCCUCUCUGCGAGUGUCCUCCUCUCAGCAGAAAGGAAGGAGGUGGAGAGAGAAUGAUACCUGGGGAACGAAACUAAGGCUGAGGCCUCCUAGUCCUUGCCUCGGUUCACCUCCGGGACAGGCCUGCUGCCCUCCCACUCUUCCCUUCCUCUCUGUGAAGCCCUUCCUUCCGGUUGGGCUCCGGCUCUGAUUGGCCGGCAGCGACACUUCCGGCUGUUCUCCCUUCCUGAGAGCUGUCGCGAUUAUGCAGUUUUUUCCGCGUAUCAGCCGUAUUUUCUCCGGACCGCGCUUUGUAGCUGUGACAAUAUGUGGCGAUUCCCUAGGAUGCUGGGCCGAGCCCUACAGCACCUGCCUAGGCACAGCCUUGGUGGGGUGACUCCUGCAGCUUCCAGCCAGGAUGAGCCACCAAUCACUUGGCCACCACAGUCCAUCCCUGUGCCCAACCGUAAUAGGCAUGAGUCCCAUACUCUGGGUGUGGGUAGUGGCCCAAAGUACCAAGGUUGGAAGAAUGCAUUCCAGUGGAUUUCAAGCCGCCUGUCCAGUCAUAGAAUGUGGGAUGCUGUCUCAUGGGGAACCCUGGCUGUUCUGGCCCUGCAACUGGCCAGGCAAAUCCAAUUUCAGGCAUCGUUACCUGGUUUCCAGAGACAAGAACAGUGUUCUUGGCACAGUCACCUGGACCAGCUCCGUUUCUCCCCUUUGCUGUGCCAAGACUUAUGGUUAAAGAAAAACAUUCUCCCGACGAAUAAUCCCUCAGCCUCUUGCCGCACUUGUCUUGAGGAGCCCACAGAAGAGCGGAAAGGACCCGAACCCCAGCCCGAGAACCUUGCUUCCCGUAGCACCUCAAGCACAGCCAGACUCAGGGGUCAGUUUGAAGCAGAACCUGUUGGCAUUGCUUUCUUGGAUACUACUGGAGCAAGCCAGCAUCACACCACCAGCGAGAAACUAGUGUUGGAACAGAAGGAAACAGAACCUCUUUCCUUAGAGGAAGUCAUGUUGUCCUUGCAGCAGCAACUCCAGCUCAGCGUUUCCAUUGCCCUCAAUUUCCUGGGUAUGGAAAAUAUGAGAAGUGGCCAUUGUGAAGCAGCAUACUCCUACUUCCAGAAGGCUGCAGACCGAGGCUAUAGCAAAGCUCAGUUCAAUGUGGGCCUGUGUCAUGAGCAUGGAAAAGGAACCCAGAAAGACCUCAGCAAGGCAGUUUUUUAUUACCAGCUUGCUGCCCAGAAGGGCCACCAAAUGGCUCAGUACCGCUAUGCCAGGUCCCUGCUGGGAGACCAGGCCCCAACAAACGAAGCCGAUAAGCAGAGAGCAGUGGCCAUGCUGAAGCAAGCAGCUGAUGCCGGCCUGAGAGAGGCGCAAGCCUAUCUGGGGGUGCUGUUUACCAAAGAGGCGUUCCAGGAUGAACGAAAAGCUGUGAAAUACCUUUGGCUUGCAGCCAGUAAUGGGGAUUCUCAGAGCAAGUACAACUUGGGGAUUUGCUAUGAAAAGGGCCUUGGAGUCCAGAAGAACCUAGGGGAGGCCAUGAGAUAUUACCAACAAUCAGCUGCUCUAGGGAAUGAACCAGCUCAGAAGAGGCUGAAGCUGCUCUUCUCAGCAGAGCUGAAAGCUUUGGAGCACAAUAAUCCAACACUUAAAGUUUUGAGGUCCUUCUCUAGCCCUUCUGUCUGUACUUUGGAUGCAGCCCUGAAUGGGGCUAGCCACCUUCACCAUGCUUGGAGCACAGGAAGCCUUGGACUCCUUGGCAGAAAUGAUCAUCUGGGACCCAAUCCUGUAACUUCUUGUGUGACAGAACCCCCAAGUCCACACCCUUUUGAGAUGCAUCUAGUAAAACUAGGAUUUGGAUAAGGUUUGAAAGAGGAUUUCCAAUCAGAGCUGUACCCUGAAUUUAUCAUCCAUUUGGCCCCAUGACAAUCACUUCAGUCCCAAAGAUGGAAACUGUGGGAAUCCCUCACUGAUGCUGGACAUGGCCUUGAGCCCAAAGGGCUUGGUGCUGCCCACGCAGAUCCUUCUGUGAAGACCUUGAAGAAUCUCUUUAUUUUUCCAUGGAAAGUGGAGCUCAAGUGUGAGUCAUGUGAGCAAGAGAGUGUGGUUUCCAUAGCCUCACUUGGAAUAUUACAUAAUAUUAAGAUUUCUAAUAUUUAAUAAAAUCAGCCAAUUAAAACCAAAA